UGCUGCUGCUUCUUCUUCUUCUUCUUCUUCUUCUUCUUCGUCUUCUCUUCUUUCCUCCAUAUAUUUAUUGCUCUCCCUCCCUCCUCCUAUUUUAAGCAUCUCUCUCUCUCUCUCUCUCCCGCCCUCUCUCUGAGAAUACCGAACCCUAUGAGGAGAAGCCUGGAGGUUGACCAAGUGUGUGCUGCAAAGGACAUCCAAACCAAUUAGCUGGUUUUCGGGCUCGAACCUGUGAUUUGCUGGAUUGGUUGUUGGGAGAAUUGGUGCAUUUUUGUCUCUGUUGUAUGAAGAUCACGUGGUUAUGAUGAGAAAUUCGUAUUCGGGCGAGUUGAGUUUUCUGGGAUCAGAGGAGGCAAAAGUUAGAUAUAGUAUUGAACAGCGUGAAUCAUCUGUGAGUUUCGGUGAAAUUGGUUGGCGGGUUAGUUCUAUUAUCGUGAAAUGAGCUAAGAAGUGUGCAGAAAUGGAAGGAAGAGAUGAUGCCGAAGGACAAGAGGAUCGGCCCUCGUCCCCUUACUGGGCCCUUCAGCAAAUUUCUGAGGAGGCUUUCAGAGUUGCAGGUGAGGCAUUGCAGAGCGUCUAUAAUGGCAGCCCUAGCCUCUCUCCCCUUGCACCAGGUCACAGGCGAAGUCAGAGUGAGGUCAUGACUGCUGGCCACCGGAGAUCAAAUAGCCUCCAGAGAUUGAAGGUUCAGAUGCAGAAGGCUUGGCGGUGGGGGAGUAAUCUGCAAGAAGAAAGUCCUCGGUCCAACUUCAAUCCCGAGAUUUUGGCAAACCAGAAGAGACAGUGGUAUCAGCUCCACUCGAAAACUAUGGAUAACAGUAAAUUUAAGGAGCCCACCUCUUUAUUUGAACAUUUUAUUAUCGCCGGUCUGCAAUCGGACACAAAUCUAGAAGUUGUGGAGGAUGCAUUUGCUAGAAGGAAAAGGUGGGAGUCAGAGAUGGCAAAAUCCGAAACACUAGACUUCGGGCUUUCGCAGUAUCGAGGGCCCUCUCCACCUGCAUUGGAACCUCAGAUACUUUUUAAGUAUCCUCCUACGAAGAGGUUGCCAAUGCGUUUGAAGGAUUUAGCAGCAUUUUGUUUUCCUGGAGGUGUUCAGGCGCGAUUGCUGGAGAGGACUCCAUCUCUUAGUGAUCUAAACGAACUUGUCUAUGGGCAGGAACAUUUGGGCAGGGAUGACUUAUCCUUCAUUUUCUCAUUUAAGAUGGCUGAUGGUUCAACUCUUUAUGGGGUUUGCUUACAUGCACCUGAAAUCGUCCAAAGGCCCCCUGGAAUUUUCGGAAACUCAUCUCCCCUUCCCAUGUCUUCAAGUGGAUGCCGUUUUUUAGUGUCUGCUCCCCGCUGUUACUGCGUCUUAACAAGAGUUCCUUUCUUUGAGUUACAUUAUGAGAUGCUGAACAGUAUUAUUGCACAGGAGCGCCUGAACAGGAUAACACAGUUUGUCAAUGAGAUGGCCUUAACAACUUACAUCCCGUCUGACUCGAACUCUCACGAAGAAGUCAACGAGAAUGCUUCUUACUCUCCUGAUAGUAGUGAGAGCCAGGCUGAUUGGACAACCUCCGCCAUACCCCUUCAUUCUGCCAUCGCCCUCACAGCAGCUGCUGCUGGACUCGUGCCCGAUGAUGGAGUCACAUCCCCGUCGUUGAAGAACUGGGAACCUCAGUCCCCUGAGAGUGUUACUACGAGUGAGACUUCAGAGUUAAGUCACUCAAGGGAAUCUGAUCGCGAUGGUGCUAAGAGUUCGCUGUAUAUUGAUGAUAAUACCUCCGAGGCCUCAGAGUCUCGGUUCAACUCUUCAGGUAGAAUGAAUGGGUGCUAUGGGAACGGCCAUGCUUCCCCUGAUGUUGGGGCUUUUUUUAACUUGAGGAGCCGAACUAUGGAGCGGCUUGGGAGUCCCGAUUCACUUUUCAGUCCAGUUAGAAGUUUAGCUUCAGAGGAUGAGGACGAUGACCUUUUCACAAAUUCCGACAAGGAUGUGGGGGAUGACGUAAUAAUGGACUGGGCAAGGGAACAUAAGAAUGAUUUACUACAGAUAGUUUGUAGUUAUCAUGCCCUGCCUCUUCCGUCGCGAGGAAACAUGAUAGUCUUUCGGCCACUCGAACAUUUACAGGCAAUUGAAUACCAUAGACCACCAGUUUCUGCUCUAGGAUUGCCUGAAGUUUGUUUAGAUUUGCUCGAACCAGCUGAGGUCAACGCAAAGAUGGCUGCUGCCGAGGAAGCUCUUGCACUAUCUAUAUGGACAACUGCAACAACUUGUAGAGUUCUCUCCCUUGAAAGUAUUUUGGCUGUGUUUGCUGGAGUAUUAUUGGAGAAGCAGGUGGUACUGACGUGCCCGAAUCUGGGUGUUUUAUCGGCUACAGUACUCUCUCUUAUUCCCAUUAUACGUCCAUUUGAAUGGCAGUGUUUGUUAAUACCUGUUCUACCGGGGAGGAUGCUUGAUUUUCUUGAGGCACCAGUUCCUUUCAUAGUGGGAGUACAACAAAAGCCGGCUGAUUUUAAGAUAAAAACCUCCAAUCUUGUUCAUGUGAAUGUGCUUAAGGACCAGGUGAAGAUGUGUCACUUACCAACUCUACCUCAGUAUAGAGAGCUUAUUUCUCAACUAAGACCUAUCCAUGCGCGACUCUCCUGUGAAAACUCCAUAGCCAGAAGGCACCCUGUAUAUCGCUGCAAUGAAGUGCAGGCUGAAGCUGCUGCUCGAUUUUUGACCGUAAUGAGGAACUACCUAGAGUCACUUUGUUCUGAACUGAGGUCUCAUACUAUAACCAGUGUGCAAUCAAAUAAUGACAGGGUGUCAUUACUUCUGAAGGAUAGCUUUAUUGAUUCGUUCCCCAACUGUGACCGAGCAUUCAUUAAGCUACUUGUUGACACGCAGAUGUUUAGUGCUCUCUCGGACGCUCGCUUAUCAACCUACGAGAGUAUGCGAUUCUAACUUCAAUCUUGACGGAGGUUUGGUUCAUUGGGUCCUUCCAGAUAUUUCUCGGGUUUAAGUGAUGGUAUAGAUGUAGAGCAGUUUAAAGGUCAAGGGCACACAAAAUAUAUAUAUAUAUAUUUUUUUUUUUUUUGAUUGCCACUAGAAAUCUUUUAGAAUAAAUUUUCUAAUUAUAAUCCACGUGUCAUUUAUCCCAGUCUUUUAAUUGGGAUAAUUAAUGGCUAUUCAUCUGGCCUCUAGUAUCCUGUAAAUUAUUACCCUAUUACUUAAAUCAAUGAUUAAUCAAAAUAGUUGGUUCAUUAUUGCA